AGUGCGUUUUGAUUGGUUGGCAAAAUCGGACAUGUUUACAAAAUAGGGUUCUGCAGACAGAAACGCAAUUCUUCAUGUAACGAGGUCAAAUUGAGAGGGAAAAGCCAACCUUUAUAAGUCAGUUUAUUUAAUAAAGGUUGGAGGAGAAAAAUAAGGAAGACAGAUACAAGAACUGGCGAUCAUCUGAAUUGCAGCCAGUGUACUAAAUACACCAAAGAUAAGAAGCAGUACCAUUAAGUGACCUUGUAACCAGGGUAGUGACCUUGACCUUUAGUAAAAUGUGGAGGAAGACAACACAGAGGGUCUGUUCUAGACUUUUAUCCCCGCAAUAUGAGGUCGGCCAGCGGUUUAUAUCAGAGGGGCCAAAGGUCAUGGCCAUCCGACGUGAGACCAUCAAUGUGUGGGAGAGACGGGCCCCCCUCAAUCCCAGACAGGUCAGGAAACUGGUCAAGAAUGGGGUCAAGGUUAUUGUCCAGCCCUCUAACAGGAGAGCAUACAACAUGCAGGAAUACUCAGCCGUAGGGGCAGAGAUUAAAGAGGACCUAAGUGAGGCAGAAUUGAUUAUAGGAGUCAAGUCUGUCCCCAUUGACCUACUUUUACCGGACAAGACAUAUGCUUUUUUCUCUCACACCAUCAAAGCUCAAAAGGAUAAUAUGCCCCUAUUGGAUGCUAUUUUGGAAAAGAACAUUCGUUUGAUAGACUACGAGAGGAUGGUGGAUGAGAACGGGCAGCGUACGGUGGCGUUUGGUAAAUACGCAGGGGUAGCUGGGAUGAUCAACAUUCUCCACGGUCUCGGAUUACGGCUACUGGCACUCGGACAUCAUACACCAUUUAUGCAUAUCGGACCGAGUCACAAUUAUAGGAACACUGAGCAGGCGAGACAGGCCGUGCGAGAUGCUGGCUACGAGAUCGCAUUGGAUCGACUACCUAAGUCUAUCGGUCCUCUUGUGUUUGUUUUCACAGGAUCAGGAAACGUGUCACAGGGGGCCCAGGAGGUAUUUCAGGAGUUCCCCCAUGAAUACAUUGAACCUGAGAGCCUACCUAAGGUUGCCAAGCAGGGAGCAACCAACAAGCUGUACGUCUGUGUUGCUAGGAGAGAUGACCAUUACAUCAGGAAGGAAGGCGGCAAGUUUGAUGCUGAGGAGUUUGAACAGCAUCCUGAUAGAUAUGCUUCUACUUUUAGUCAUAGUAUUGCACCAUAUGCUUCUGUCAUCAUCAAUGGUAUUUACUGGGCCCCGAAUGCCCCCCGCCUGAUCACCAUCCCUGACGCCAAGACUCUACUGAAGCCGACACCAGCUCCAUGGUUACCCUCCAGCCCGGGCUGUCCACAACUCCCGCACCGCCUGCUGGCUAUCUGUGACAUCUCCGCAGAUCCUGGUGGCUCCAUCGAGUUUGUCAAGGAAUGCACCACCAUCGAUAAGCCUUUCUGUCUGUAUGAUGCGGAACAGAACAUGGAGACAGAGAGUUUCCAGGGAAAUGGUGCUUUGAUCUGCUCUAUAGACAAUAUGCCAGCACAGAUUCCAAAGGAGGCCACUGAUUUCUUUGGGAACCUCCUUCUUCCUUACAUUCCAGACAUGCUGAAGUUCCCUGCUACUUUACCUUGGGAUGAAUACGAUGUGCCAGCUGUCAUUAAACAUGCAGUGAUUGCAUCCAACAAAAAAUUGACUCCAAAUCAUGAAUAUAUUGAUGAACUUAGAAGACAAAACUUAAGUUCCUCCCAGAAGGCUCAACGUCACCCAGAAAAUAAGAGUGUGCUGAUUCUGGGGGCAGGGUACGUGUCCCCUCCAGUGGUAGAAUACCUGGCCAAGAGCAAGAACACUGAUGUCACCGUGGCAUCUCACCUACAGGGAGAAUUGGACAACAUAGAGAGCUGUAAUGUUAAUAAGACGCUGAUAGAUGUACAGAGGAACUUUGAUGACCUGGAGAGACUGAUACCACAGCAUGACAUUGUGGUCAGUCUCCUGCCUUAUGUUCUACACCCAGACAUAGCUAAGCUCUGUAUCAAAUACAAGAAGAGUAUGGUCACUGCCAGCUAUAUCUCCCCCAUGAGAGCGCUGGACGCCGCGGCCAAGGAGGCUGGGAUUACCAUAAUGAAUGAGGUGGGAGUGGAUCCAGGAAUUGAUCACAUGCUGGCGGUGGAGUGCUUUGAUGAUGUCAAGCAUGCUGGAGGAAAGAUCUCCUCGUUUGUGUCUUGGUGUGGGGGAUUGCCUGCCCCUGAACAUUCCAAUUCACCAAUCAGAUACAAAUUCAGCUGGUUCCCAAGGGGUGUUCUUAUGAAUUGUUUGAGUGGUGCUAAAUAUCUUAAAGACAACUGCAUAAUAGAGGUACCUGGUAAUGGUGGAUUAUUGGAUGCUGUACAGGAUCUGGACUUUAUGCCCGGGUUUAACAUCGAAGGCUUCCCAAACAGAGACUCAACUCAGUACCUAAACGAGUACAAUAUUGAGUCUGCCAAAACUAUACUCAGAGGGACAGUCCGCUACAAGGGGUUUAGUAACAUUAUGAAGGGUAUUAUGCAGAUGGGACUGUUGAAUCCAGAGCCAGUAUCUAACCUUCAUCCCAACGGACCAGCCAAAACAUGGAAAGGCUACAUGUGUGAGUUAUUUGACAAGAGUCCAGAUUUGUUUGAGGACAGUCUUAAGGACUUGGUUCACGAAAGAGUUGGACGGUCAGAGAAAAGACUGCAAGCCAUUGUAGAUUUGGGAUUACUGGAGGAUAUUCCAAUGGACAAGAAAGGAAACCCACUGGACACACUCUCCAACUAUCUCUCAAAAAAACUGGCCUUUGCCCCAGGAGAAAAGGAUAUGAUAAUUAUGCACCACAACAUUGGAAUAACAUGGCCAGAUAACUCUCAGGAAAACAGAGUCAUUAAUUUUGUCUGCUACGGAGAGGAGAAGGGGUACUCAGCCAUGGCAAAGACCGUGGGGCUACCAACUGCCAUAGCUACCAAAAUGAUUCUGGAUGGGGAGAUUCAAAGAAGAGGUGUAGUGGCUCCCUUAUCUAUGGACAUCUACCAACCCAUCCUCUCCCGUCUUCGCAGUGAGGGCAUACACACAGUGGAGGAGGUAAAAACUUCCUAAAGUAACAGGUGUGGAUCCAAACUUCCUAGAAUAUUUGGUGUGAAUUUAGACAGGUGUGUGUAUUAAUUCUGUAGAGAGUUGCUCAUCAGGUCAGCAGUGUCAGUACAGAACAAUCCAAAAGUUGGGUACAUUUUUCCCAGGAGAUUGUCUCUUUGUUUUGUGGAUGUGAUCCACCCUGUAUUUCUGAUUGAUUAAUGAGGAAAAUGUUUACAUUGUAACCCAGUAUCUUUCUGUUUGUAGGACGUAAGAUAUUUUUGUUUGUUUUGGGUUUUUUCUUUAUUUCUUGUAUGCAUAGAAAAUGAUUACCCGAUAGGUUGAUUUUUUAGUUUAUUCACUUCAAAAGUGA